GUCACCCGUAGCUGCGUGUUGGCAGGUUGUUGCGUUGUACACUGAGUGCAUUUCCACGUAUAAUACCGGCUCUUUAAGGGCUUCAAAAUGGCUCGAUCCUACGAUGACGAGUUGCAAUACUUGGAGAAAAUUGACAAAACCUGUUGGCGGAUAAAAAAGGGGUUUGUGCCCAAUAUGAAGGUUGAAGGAAUCUUCUACGUGAACGGUCCCCUUGAGAAGCUGAUGUUUGAGGAGCUCCGCAAUGCCUGUCGGGGAGGAGGCUUUGGUGGUUUCCUCCCAGCUAUGAAACAGAUUGGAAAUGUCGCCGCACUGCCCGGAAUAGUGAACAGGUCCAUCGGUCUCCCUGACGUUCACUCCGGGUACGGCUUCGCCAUUGGAAACAUGGCCGCCUUCGACAUGAGUGACCCCACCGCUGUUGUGUCACCUGGCGGCGUGGGGUUCGACAUCAACUGCGGCGUGCGUCUGCUGCGGACCAACCUGGACGAGGGCGACGUGCAGCCGGUGAAGGAGCAGCUCGCCCAGGCACUGUUCGACCACAUCCCCGUGGGCGUCGGCUCCAAGGGCGUCAUCCCCAUGACCGCCAAGGACCUGGAGGAGGCCCUGGAGAUGGGCGUGGACUGGUCCCUAAGGGAGGGCUAUGCCUGGGCCGAGGACAAGGAGCACUGCGAGGAGUACGGCCGCAUGCUGCAGGCCGACCCCAACAAGGUCUCCUCCAAGGCCAAGAAGAGGGGCCUGCCGCAGCUGGGCACCCUGGGAGCGGGCAACCACUACGCCGAGAUCCAGGUGGUGGACGAGAUCUACGACGACUACGCCGCCAAGAAGAUGGGCAUCGACCACAAGGGCCAGGUGUGCGUAAUGAUCCACAGCGGCAGCCGCGGCCUCGGCCACCAGGUGGCCACAGACGCCCUGGUUGCCAUGGAGAAGGCGAUGAGGAGGGACAACAUCGUGGUGAACGACCGGCAGCUGGCCUGCGCCCGCAUCCACUCGGCCGAGGGCCAGGACUACCUGAAGGGCAUGGCCGCCGCCGGGAACUACGCCUGGGUCAACCGCGCCUCCAUGACCUUCCUCACCAGACAGGCCUUCUCCAAGGUGUUUGCGACCACGCCCGACGACCUGGACAUGCACGUGAUCUACGACGUGUCCCACAACAUCGCCAAGGUGGAGGAGCACAUGGUGGACGGCCGGCCCAAGACGCUGCUGAUCCACCGCAAGGGCUCCACCCGCGCCUUCCCCCCGCACCACCCGCUCAUCGCCGUCGACUACCAGCUCACAGGACAGCCGGUGCUGAUCGGAGGGACCAUGGGGACGUGCAGCUACGUGCUGACGGGGACGGAGAAGGGCAUGACGGAGACCUUCGGCACCACCUGUCACGGAGCGGGUCGUGCUUUAUCCCGAGCGAAAGCCCGUCGUAACUUCGACUUCCAGGACGUGCUGGACAAACUGGCUGACCAGGGCAUCGCUAUCAGGGUCGCGUCUCCCAAGCUCGUCAUGGAGGAGGCUCCCGACUCGUACAAAAACGUCACAGAUGUCGUGAACACGUGCCACGACGCCGGCAUCAGCAAGAAAGCCAUCAAACUCCGGCCGAUCGCGGUGAUUAAGGGUUGAGGAGGCGGUCGCGCCUCUACUGGGAACUCUAUGCACAUAAACCGGGACGUUUGGGAGGAGAAGCGGCCGUCUGGUGGUGGGCACAGCUCAAGGAAAACUAAAGAACGGAUGGGAAAAGGCCUCUAAAGACUGAUGUUCAAACAUCCCAAAGAGAUGUUCUUUGAUUUUGGUUUUAUUCUUAAACUUUAUUUUGAAAACUUUUUAUUUGAGCGGAACAAAAUGAAGUCCUCCUUUUUUUUUUUCUGUAUGUGUAGAUAAUCGAUCAAUGCCAUAUUGAGAGCGACCUCGCCUUAUAAUAAACUGCUUGGUUACAGCCGAUGCAAUCCAAGA